AUGUAUAUUGCCGUGUGCGCUCGCCCUGCCAUCAUGAACAGUGCUGCUAUCCUUGGCCGCAAGUUCAGUGCACCUUCUGAGAGUGACUGGACGGCAGCCAAGCGCGUAAUCCGCUACCUCAAAGGGACACGCGAUUGGAAGCUGAACCUCGGUGGCAAUAGUGAAGAGCUCGUGGCAUUCUCGGACAGCGAUUGGGCAGGUGACACUGGGACGCGGAAGUCUACGACGAGCUUCGUGCUAUUUUAUUCAGGAGGAGCUGUCUCGUGGGCCAGUCGCCGCCAAGACUGUGUCACGCUGUCCACACUAGAAGCGGAGUACGUCGCCCUAACGGAGACGUGCCAGGAGGUGGUCUGGAUGCGACGACUGCUUGGUGAUCUGGGAGAAGAGCAGACUACUGCGACUGUGGUGAAUGAGGACCCGACCAGAUGCUCCUAA